CAAAUGCAGAUGAUGUUAAACUCAACUCUUGCUCCAUAUUUGAUUUUGGGGGCUUACUUUGAUACCAAGCAGUUAAAGUACUUAUUGUUCCUGAUUGUCUUGUGUAUGUAUAUUUUAAUAGUUGGUUCUAAUGUUCUACUCAGUGCGGUUAUUGGGUUUAGCAGGAGCUUACAUGAACCUAUGUAUGUCUUUCUGUGUGCCCUGUGUGCCAAUCAGCUGUUCGGCAGUACCAGCCUCUUCCCGUUCUUGUUGCUUCAGAUCCUCUCUGAUGUUCACACCAUUUCUGUCCCAUUCUGUUUCCUUCAGGUUUACUGUCUUCACACCUAUCUGAGCGUAGAGUUUUUUAACCUGACUAUCAUGUCUUACGACAGAUACCUGGCCAUCUGUCAUCCUCUGCAGUAUCACUCGCUGAUGACGGUGAGGAAAGUCGCAGCUCUCAUUGUUGCUGAAUGUGUAACUGCCUGUAUCGGAGUCAGCAUUUUCACCUCCAUGAGUUUCUCUCUGCAACGCUGUAGAAACGUAAUCGAUAAAGUCUUCUGCAAUAAUUACUCCAUUGUUCAGCUGACCUGCUCAGACACAACAGGCAAUAAUAUUUAUGGACUUGUGAGCACUGUUGUUGGAGUGGUUUGUCCAGUGAGUUUUAUUUUCUACACAUACAUGAAGAUCCUUAAAGUGUGCUACUACGGAACCAAACAAACCCAGCAGAAAGCUGUCAGUACCUGCACACCUCACCUGGCCUCCAUCAUUAACUUCUUCUUUGGUGUUUGUUUUGAUAUUUUACAAAGCAGGUUUAAUACAAACCAUGUUCCAAAUAUUGUAAAAAUAUUCUUGUCCCUGUACUUUCUGACGUGUCAGCCGCUGUUUAACCCUGUGAUGUACGGACUGAACCUGUCCAAAAUACAACAAACCUGGAAGAGACUUUUUUCUGUCCAAAGGAGGUAA